UGAAUUUUGAUUUUAAUGUGCGACAGAGAUGGGACCCACCCGACUGCAGGAAACAAUUAUCAGUGUGGCAUUGCUGAAAACGGAACAUAAACAACAAAACAAACGCUGCCUAUAUACAUCUCACCUUCUCCCUGAGCUUCUUCCUUCCGUAUCUUCAAUGCGCUUCUAGGGUUUUUCUUUUUUCAACUUUCCACGGAUUCCUUCGGUUGAGGGUUUGAAGUGUCACGUUACCAGUGAAAGAGUGAACAUGAACUCAAAGCAGAUUCUACUAAAGAAUUAUUUGGAUUUGUUCUGAAAGUUGGAUUCUUGAUUUUAUGGUGACACACAUACACUCUAUAUAGUAAAAUGAAAUAGUGAGUUGAGCAUUGAAAGUGGAAGUGUUUGUGUUACCUCUACUAUGAGAAAGUUGUGUUAGCAUAGCAAUUUUUCUUAUAAUGGGUUCAUUCUCUGGCACUUGUGAAAUAGUUGAAGCAAAGGAGGACUUAUGCAUAGGGAAAGGUGCUUUAGGGAUUUGCCAGUCCAAUUCUCAGUACAAAACUUCUGAGAAAAAUAAGAAGCCUUUGGUGCUGAACUUGGAAUAUAAAGAUAAUAUUGGCAAUGAUAUUAACAAGCUUUUUGAGUCAAUUGCUCUUAAAUCUUCAUCAAAGGACUCGGGUCUUUUACACGAUGGUACAAGCCAUAAGCUGAAAAACACCUUAAAAAAGCCGAUGGCAAUGGGUGUUCCUCGGUCCCCACGAGUUGGAAGUUCUGAGCCUGUUAAUUUGAAGCAGGCAUUAAGAGACCUUUGUAUAUCUAAGGCAUCAGAAGUGGCUGCCAUGAGACGAUUAUCAAAGUCAACAGCUUCUCCAAGAAUAUCAGAGGUUGGGAGGAUACAGACACUGUACAGUUCAGUUGUAGAUGAAACCGGUCAUUCUGGGCAUUACAUUGCUGAGAAUAAAGGGUGUAGAACAGAAAUAUCUCUAGUGCCAGAAAAAAGCCAGUCAUCCUCCUUGGAUAAAACAUCUCAACCUCAUCAAACUACCCAAAUCACAUCAUCGAGUCAAGCCAUCAAUUCUGCUUGGAAAAUCGCUGUUGCAACUACUCAACUUGAUUUCGGAACUUCAUCAAUGCAAAGUGAUUUGGCAUGUUCAUCAAGUAAAGUUGGAUUUCAAUCUCAGCGUGUCGUACCUGUUCAACCAGAAAAACAAACAUCUGCAUCUUCUCCAUCUCUGUAUAAUAUGUCUGAAAGCAAAUUAGAGUUGCCAGUAAAUGCUUCCUCCCCAAAAAAGUUAGGAAAUAAAGUUGUGUCAAAUACUGGACGGAAUGGUAAGUUGCAGACAGCAUCUUCUUCUGUAAACGGAAGCAGAGUUAACAAACAGUCACACCAUGCCCCUCGCACAGUUAAAAUGGUCAUCAUCAAGAACAAGAAUCUGAUUAAGAAGAAAGUGAAAGAGGAAUCAGGUUCUGCAUCAUGUGAUCCUGCUUCAAAUGGAGUUAGCAAAUCUGUUCCUGGCACAGCUCGGCUGAUUUGUGAAAGAUGUAGGUGUGCUUUAGAACAUACAAGGGUAGAAAAAAACCAAGAGAUUAUGGCCUUAGACUCUAAUAGUCCUGGAAUUGGAAAUGGAGGGAACUCAAGUAAUGUGCACUCUGAUUCAAAUAAACCUGAUUUGGCAUCAACUGGCGGUAAUAUAAGCAAAGCAGUUGCAAAGGGGGAGAAGAAGACCAAGUUAAGAGACCAACUUGAGUUUUCACAAAGCUCAAAGAGUAGUCAAGGUGAGUACAGUAGUAGUACUAGUACCAGCGAUGAGAGCAACACGAGUGGCUCAAGUUGCGGCACUAGGCCUCACAUGUCAAAGGAUGUUAGGUGGGGAGCCAUUCGACAUGCUCAAAUGCAACAUGGAGUCUUGGGCUUGAGACAUUUCAAUCUUUUGAAGAAACUUGGUUGUGGAGACAUUGGGACUGUAUAUCUUGCUGAACUAAUUGGCACAAGUUGUUUGUUUGCUAUUAAGGUCAUGGACAUCGAAUUUUUGGCAAGAAGGAAGAAGAUGCCUAGGGCUCAAACUGAAAGAGAAAUAUUAAGGAUGCUUGACCAUCCAUUUCUUCCCACAUUGUAUGUACAAUUUACAUCAGAUAAUCUCUCAUGUUUGGUCAUGGAGUAUUGUCCAGGUGGAGAUCUCCAUGUUCUGCGGCAGAAGCAGCUUGGUAGAUGUUUUUCGGAGCUAGCAGCAAGGUUUUAUGUUGCUGAAGUUCUCCUUGCUUUGGAGUACUUGCACAUGCUUGGAGUUGUUUACCGUGAUUUGAAGCCUGAAAACAUUCUUGUUCGAGAAGACGGCCACAUUAUGCUCACUGAUUUUGAUCUGUCAUUGAGGUGUGCUGUAAGUCCAACACUUCUGAAGUCAUCUUCUGAUGUCGACCCUGCAAAAAUUUCUGGUCUUAGUGUACAAUCAAGUUGCAUUGAACCAUUCUGCAUUGAACCAUCUUGUCAAGUUUCAUGCUUCAGCCCCAGAUUCCUACCUGCUUCUGCAAAAACAAGGAAAUUAAAAGUCGAUCCUAUUGCACAGCUCAGAUCACUGCCGCAGCUUGUAGCUGAGCCCACUGAUGCGAGAUCAAACUCGUUCGUUGGUACACACGAAUACCUGGCCCCUGAGAUCAUCAAAGAAGAGGGGCAUGGAGCUGCAGUUGACUGGUGGACAUUUGGCGUUUUUCUUUAUGAGCUUUUAUAUGGUAGAACACCCUUUAAAGGCUCUAACAAUGAAGAAACAUUAGCAAACGUGGUGUUGCAAAGUCUUAGAUUCCCUGAUGACCCAUUUGUUAGUUUCGAAGCUAGGGAUCUGAUUAGAGGGUUGUUGGUUAAAGAGCCUGAAAACCGUUUGGGUUCACAGAAAGGAGCUGCUGAGAUUAAACAACAUCCCUUCUUUGAGGGCCUUAACUGGGCCUUAAUUCGGUGUGCCAUCCCACCAGAACUUCCAGAGUUUUGUGAUUUUGGAGUUUUAGACACGACGCCACAAGGCAAUGGUGCUAAGUAUUUAGAGUGUAAUGUAGGAGAACAUGUAGAAUUCGAGUUGUUUUAAAGACGCUGCUCUAUGUUGAGAGUGACAUUCCUCUUUAUGGAUUCUCAUAUUAUGGCUUCAUGCGCCAUAUAUCGAAAUGUAACUUAUAUGUAAGCCUAUUUGCAAAUUAGUGUUGAUUAUAUCACGACAACUUGUGAUUGGACAUGCCGAAA